AUGGGCAACAGAGGAGGCAACAACAAUAGAGGUGGCAGGGGCAGGGGAGGAGGCGGCGGCGGCGGCGGAGGCGGCGGUCGUGGCGGGUGGCGCGGCAGAGGCCGCGGAGGAGGCGGUGGCUUCGACUCGGGCUUCAUCCCCUUCUCUGGCUUCGGUCAGGCGCUGGGCGGAUCUCCCUCUUCUGGUCCCUCGUCCGGCUACAACACACCCCGCGGCGGUCGAGGUGGCGGACCGGGGGGCAGAGGCGCAGGCCGUGGCUUUGGUCGCGGUCGAGGAGGCAGCCUCGCCGCCCAGGGUCAGAACCAGGUCGGCUUCGACUACUCUGCACUCUCCCGACCUCGUCGCCGACGUGGCGAAGACGACGGCCAGGGCGACCAAGACGUUGAUACCAGCGACGACGAGGACGAGGACGAGGACGAGGCAGACUUCCCCAUAGAUCCACCAAAGGGCUACCGCCACCAGCACAAGCCCCACCUCGAGAUCCCGUCCGCACCCUCGCCCCCGCUCAACCCAACGACCCCCGACAAGAACGCCGCGGACGCCGCUGGGAUAGCCGCCAUCAUCCCAACGGGACCACGGGCAGGACCGCCCGUCUACCCGAGCGCGCAAACCCGCCAGAACUUCACCCCCAACCCGCGCUACAAGCGUCCCACGCCGACCGUGUAUCCCGAGUUCCACACCACUCGCGGCUCAGGCUUUGGCAAUCGACCGCCAGAGGAGAACGAGGACGCCAAGUACCUGGCCGCCAUCCCCGGCCUGCGACGCCCAGGCCAAGGUCAGGACCCGCGCCGCCGCGGCCACUUCCGCUCCGGCGACCCGGCCUUCAACGAUGACAAUCCGCUUCGCAAGCCGCUAACCUUUGUCAAGGCCACUGGCGAGUGGAAGGACGGCAAGUUUCUGCCAUUCGACGCAGACAAGGCGGCUUCCAAAGAAUUGCAGCCUGGCGAGGAGCCGGUGGAAGAGCCUGUGCCGGAGCGCAAGGCGAUGCAGGAGCAGGCCGAUGCCUUCACCGCAGGCAGCGAGCGGCCAAAGCAUGCUGGACUCGGUUUCGCCCGCGCCCAGCAGCAGCAUCAGCAGCAGCAGCACAAGGAGAUUGAACCGGAGACGCUGGCCAAUGCCAUGCAAGUCGACGGAGAAGAGGGGGACGCCGUCGCCGACUUUCUCAGGGCCUUUCCUGGCUCGCGCGAGCUCGGUCCGGAUGAGGGCAUGGUCGACGCCCUUGCUCAGCAGCCUUCCUUCUUUGCGCCGCCGAGCUCGACCCUCUCAAAGGCGCCGUCCCAUCCUGUGGACACGGCGCAGACUGCAUCGACUUUGUCGACGGCGACGUCAAAGCCGCAACCUUCGCGGCCGCCACCAGCAUCGUCCUCGUCCGAUGACGAUGACGAGGAGAUCAUUCUGGUCCCUGCCAAGCCCAACGACCCGGCCUCUGCUUCGUCUCGAGGACGUGGAGCUCAAGAGGGAUCCGGCCGCUACGCCGAGUCUGACUCCGAUGAAGAACGGCAGCUCGAUGCGAUACUCGGACAACAGUCCAAGGCUUCAGGCGAUGACGAGGAGCAGGCCGCAGGCGAUCCGUUCGUCAUCGAUCUCACCGGAGAGUCGCCCAAGCUCGAUGCCGUCGAUGCGCUGCCGUCGUCCAAGGGUCGAAGGCAUCGAGUUGCGCUCGGCGAUGCGGUGCCGCCGUCGGACGGCCACGACGACUCGAGCGAUGGCGACGACGACGAGGGAUACGAGUAUGAGAUCAACAUGACACAAAGGCAGCCGCGAGGCGCAGGCAAAAAGGCCCGCAACGCCGCGAAGAAGGCCCGUCGGCGAGCGAGAAACAAGGCCGACAAGGCAUCGGAAGGCGGCGGGCCCGACAUCAGCCUCAACCAGCGCGUGCCCCGCGAGGGCGAUUCCGACCUCGACUGGGGCAGCGACGGCCCGCCAUGCGUGGAACAGGACGACCUCGAGCAGGAUGUGCUCGCUCUCGCUGCGGCCGGCAUCACGUUCAAAGAGGUCGAGGUCCUGGACGUCGAGAUGCCGCGAACCGCCGACGACGAAGACGCCAUGCUCAAACAGGCCAUCGAGGCCAGCCUCGGUCUGUCCCAGGGCGACGCCGCGCCCGCGGUCCCGCGACGCACGCUCGCAGACAUCCCUAUCAAGAAGAAGCAGAACCUCAACCAGGCGAAGAAGCAGGCAGCUGCAAGCCGCCGCAAGGACCACCAGGCCGAGAUGCUCGCCGACUACCUCGAGAACGUCAGGGCCCAGCAGGCCAACGGGCAAGACGACGACGGCGACGACAGCUCCGAGGGCGACAUGCAGGAGGAGCGCAUGGAUGGCCUGCUCGACGCUGGCUCCGGCAAGAAGGGCAAGUCGAAGGCGGUGCCGCUGUCGGCCAAGCUCGACGAGCAGACGGAGCUCGACGCCAUGAUCCGCUUCAUGAACGGCAUGGACCCGCAGAAGGAGGGCCGGCACAAGUCGUUUGGCGACGUUGCGGUCGAGGCCCAGAUGCAAGAGGAGGAGGAAUGGAUGACCGAGGAGAGCGACGACGACGACGACCAAGGCGCUGCGAGGCAGGAUGCCACCGGAGUCAAGGCUCAAACGGAGGUUAGCGAAGUAGACGCCCUCUCCGCCACCACCAGGUCGAAACCUGCUGGACGUCGAAAGGGCGACAAGCGCAAGGACGUCGCACUGCUGGAGUCCGAAAGGCAGCUCCUCGUCGAAGACUCGGACGAGGAGAAGCAGGCCGAGCAGCUCCGCAAGAUCCUGGAGAGCGAGGACUCGGAUCUCUCCCUCGACUCGGACGACGAUGAUGAUGACGAAGAUGACGACGACAAUGACGAGGACGAUGACGACGACUCAGAGGACGAGGAUGAGGAUGAUGACUCGGAAGACGACGACGGUGAUGACGACGACGACGACGAUUCGGACGACAACAUGUUCAAGGGCAACUUUGCCUGGGGCGAGGAGGACGAGGCGUUCAUGGCCAAGCUCGCCGAUAGCGUCGGGAGCGGGCGCAAGGCUCAGAAGCGCCUCUUCAAGUCGAUCGAGAAGGGCGAGUUCGGCAAGCUGGGCCGGCUCACGGUCGACGACGGUGACUUUGGCGACCUCGACCUGAGCCUCGACCCCGACGACCCCGUCUAUGGGCUAGGCUCCGUGGCGCCGGCCAAGCGGGGCAAGAACAAGAACCGAAACUGGAAGGCCGAUGACCUGUGGGCCGAGGAGCUCGAGCAGCAGUGGCAGAGGGAUCGGGCGAGCAAGGCGGCCAACAAGAAGAAGCGGGCCGCCGAGCGCCAGGCGGCGGCGCUCAACCCGUUCCCCGCGACGCACAAGAAGGGCAAGAAGAAGGCCGAGAAGAAGGCGCGGCGGGCGGCCAAGCGCGAGGCCAAGGCCAAGGGGCGUGCCAGCGGCUGGUCGGACGACGACGUCGACGGCUUUAUCCUGGGCGCCGGCGCCGGCGCCGGCGACGGCGACGGCGACGACAUCAUGGCGGCCGAGGACCACGAGCUGGGACGUCGGUUUGCCAAUUCGCUGGGCGAGCUCGACGAGCAGAUCAAGCUCUUCCUCGGCGAUGCGGGCAAGUCGACGCUGACGCUGCCGCCGAUGGACAAGCGUUCGCGCGCCCAGGUGCACAUGCUGGCCGACGCCUACCACCUCAAGAGCAAGAGCAAGGGCAAGGGCAAGGACCGCUUCCCGACGCUCAUCAAGACGAGCCGCUCGGGCAUUGACGUGGGCCAGAAGAAGGUGCGCCGCAUCCUGCUGGGCCACGGCCACGCCACCUUUGGCCUCGGAGCUACUGUCAAGGGCGGUGGCCGAAGGGGUGGCGGGGGCGGCAAGACCACCGUCGGCGCCACGGGUGGCGGAGGCAUGGCGCCCAAGAACCGCGAGGGCGAAGAGGUCGGAUGGGGGGCCGACAAGAUUGGAGCCGACAACAUCGGUCACCGGCUGCUGGCGGCCAUGGGCUGGACCGAAGGGACGGGAAUCGGCGUGUCGGGAGGCAUCUCGGACCCGGUCUCGGCCACUGUCAAGGUGUCCAAGGGCGGCCUGGGAUGGUAG